AUGUCAUUCCUAUUCGGAGGCCAACCGAAGUUAUCUUCGGAGGAGAGGAUCAGCAGAGCUGAGAUAGAGGUCGAGAUGGUCACAGAUAUGAUGACCCGCCUCUCAAGCUCCUGCAUGAAAAAAUGCAUACCGCCCGAUUACCGCGAGGGGGACCUAAACAAGGGCGAAUCCGUCUGCCUCGACCGCUGCGUCGCCAAGUUCUUCGAAGUCAACAUGAAGGUUUCGGAGAGGAUGCAGCAGAUGCAGGGACAGGCUAUGGGACAGCAGAGUGGUGCAGGCAGUUCUGGUUUCGGAAUGUAA